AAAACUAUGAGGGCACAAACCAGAAGCAGGUAGUUCAGAGAAGACUACAAGAGCCUGCCUUGAUCGGUUUCAAAGAAAGAACAUAGAAAGAAGACAUAAUGUUUUGUUUUCCAGUUGCUUCAUUCCAGGAGUGAUUCACUGCACCAUGACUAAACUGACAGAGUGGCUUGUUGGGCUGACACUAAUUGGAACUGUAUGGGCUGCUCUCACCUUUGAUCUCCUAGGACUCGAUCUUUCAAAGCAGUAUUAUGAGGUCAUCUGGCCCUUUCCAGUCUACCUACUGGUGUGUUUUGGUUGCUAUUCCCUUGCAGUUGUUGGUUAUCGUGUAGCUACUUUCAAUAACUGUGAAGCUGCUGCAGAGGAACUAAAGGACCAAAUUAAGGAAGCGAAAAGUGAUCUAGCGAGAAAGGGAUUCAAAUUUUGAGCAGAAGCAGAGUAUCUUUUCUCAUAUGAGCUUUACAAACUAUGGACCAAUGACAGUGGUGAUUCGUUGAUGUGUUUAGCAUUACUGUCAGCUGCAGUAAUACAUUGGUAGGCUGUAGGUCUUGGUCAUAUAAAGAGAGCAUGCCUAAAAAUGACAUGCUUCAGACUGGUAAGCUCUAAUAAUGCCAUGAACUUUGACUUAGACCUGGAAGUGAAGCCAAUGAAGGCAAUAUACUUUGUUUACAUGAUGUUUUAGACUGCAUUUGGCACUUUAGUAAAAUAUGAAUGGAAUUGGGUGAGGUCUGUUAACCAAGGGACAAGUGACUUUUUUUGAUUUGGAAAAAACAAUAGAUGACUGUUAUGUGUGAUCAAGACUAGAGGCAUUUCCACUUUAUCUCUGUGUAGGAAUUUUGAGCUGCUGUUCAAAUAAUGGCACUAGAGUAUAAUUGGAAAUUGGUUUUAGUUAUAGAAGACAUCCUGUACUCCAGUUCCCUGCAGGAUUGCGUUCCAGACAGAUUUGAAUACAAUUUAAAUAAACCUUCCCACCUUUGUUACUUUGGUUCUUCUUAAUUAAUAAAUGCCUUCCACAAGUCA